AGGUGGAGAACCUUCUUCCUACUACCUGCUCUGGAAGCUGCUCAACGGCCAAUUGGGGGCAACCAAUAGAGCAUGUGAGAGCCGUCCUGAGCACAUCAGUCACGCCAGAUGUAACUGCUGUGUGGAAGUAAAAGAAACAUUUUCUGAAACUGGGAAGCCUUCUCAGAGGAAGAUGGAGAAUCCGCUUCUUUUAUUCCCCCAACUAAAUGUUUCUGCUUCAAAGGAUAAAUCCUAUUACAAAGUCAUGAAAUCAACCAUUAAGGAAGAGCCACAUAAAGCAAACAAGCCUGGAGCUAAGCAGAAGAGAAAUAGGCUGAGCCUUCUCCUGCAGAAGCCUGAAUUUCAUGAAGGCGAUCAUCUCGCUAAACCUGAAAACUUGACAAAAGCAGCAAGCAGUGUGUCUCCUGAGGAAGCAGUGAAAUGGGGAGAGUCUUUUGACAAACUGCUUUCUGAGAAAGCUGGACUGGAUGCCUUUACAAAGUUUCUGAAAACUGAGUUCAGUGAGGAAAACAUUGAGUUCUGGAUAGCUUGUGAGGAUUACAAGAAGAGCAAGACUGCACAUGAACUUUUGCCAAAAGCUAAGACCAUUUAUGAAACAUUCAUACAGAAAGAUGCUCCAAAAGAGGUGAAUUUGGACUUUCAAACCAAAGAAGUCACAAGCCAGAAUAUUGGACAGCCCAUCAUCACCACCUUUGAUAGAGCACAAAACACGGUCUACAGGCUGAUGGAGCAAGACAGCUACCCACGGUUCCUGAGAUCUGAUCCUUAUUUAAAUUUGGUUAAGGGGAGAAGUCCCAGUCGUCCUACCUUUAGGAGACGGUCACGGUCUUUCACUGUCAAUGAUUUUAAAGGUGUACGACCAGACUUUACUGUUUGGUAACGGAAACAGAACCCUCAUAAAUUUUAGCUACUGCUGCAACUCAUAUGUAUUUUACAGUCCAAAUACUUAGCAGGUGUAAAUGAGUGGAAAGCAAAGUUACAUGCAUUUACACCAGAUCAGAGUUCUGUAGGCAUUGAUUAAUCUCUUUUAUUAUAGAGAAGUAGGCAACAUAUUGUCAAGACAUAUCAUGUAAAGCUUUCAUACAGUAUUUUUUUUUAACCCAGGUAAGAGCUGUAAUCAUAUUUAGAAGAAAAACUUGAAUUUCCUUCAUAAAAACAUUGUAUAAGACGCCAGUUGAUAAUAUCCACUGUGUAUCAUUGGCCUGUAUUAUUUAGGACAGAGUCUCAUCACAGCUAGAAUCUAUAUACCUAGCCUUUGCACAUAUUUAUGAUUUAUGUUUCUGCAAUAUUUUCUACACUAAGCACAGAGUAUUUGUGGUAUUUUCUCAUACUGCAAAACACAUAGGAACUUUAUUGGGUAUAAUGUAAAGUUGCAGGGAUUUUUUUCUACAGCCACUGCAUAAUUAAAAUUUAGCUAUUGCAUAUUUUAAGAGGAACAUAUUAUCUUCAAUUUUUUGGGUACAAUUUGUACUGUUUUGUUAUUACAUGUGUCUCUUCUCUGUAUUUAAGUUAUGCUGUAUAUAUUAGUUUAGCCAUCAAAUACUUGUAUUCUAGGUUUUUACACCCAAAUGAGUAGAAACAGACACCCAAGAAUGCUAUUUUAACACAAUGUGUGUCAUUAAAUAUCAGGUCACAUGGAUGUGUAUAUGUAUAUAUAAUACUCCUAUUUUUAUUUGCAAAUAUUUAUGGUAUACCAACUUUGUUACUAAGCUUUGUUCUAAACUUUUUUCUGACUUUUAUUUUGAAAAAUAAUAAAAUUAACAGCUCUUGGACUCAGGCAGAAUAACUUUCAAUUCUACUGGUCAUUACUGUACUCUCCAUGGUUAUAGAGGAGGAAGGAGAAAUCUCCCUUUAACUUCAGUGGUAAACUGAAGUCAGAUACAUCAUUUUCACAGUCAGUAUACAGUGUCUUCUUUCAGAAUUGAUGCAGACAUACUUUGAAGCAUGGGAAAGCUUCUAAAAUCUUAAACAUUGCUUCAGUUUAACAAGUGGCUGUGGGAUUUAGUUGUAACUAUGACUUGUAUAUUCAGUUGCUUUUCAUGGAGUUGAAGAUUUUUCCCUUUUCUUCCCUCUUUGUAAGCUGUCAAAAUGAAGAGGUGCAGUUCCUGAGGAUGAAAAGUUAUGUUCAUUACUAAUUCAGGGCAUAUACGAACUGCUUGAUCUGAGGCUUUCCCUGUCUGCUUUACUAACUUUCAAUAAAUUCUAAGUGAUCUACUUGA